ACUCGGCUCUUCAUUCCCAUACUUAUAUUACUCUGACUUAGGGUCGAAACUCUAAGGCCUAAGGUUAAAUCCCAUAAUAAUAAUAAAUAAUGGAUAUAAUUUGUGAAACAAUUUCUAAGUGUACCGUAGAAGGUUUUUGGAAAUCCACUCGUAUUUUAAUUAGUAAACCUCAUGUAGUAAAUAAAAGAUUAUGGGGCUCGAAAAUUUUAUUAAACAUGGAAUAUAAAACAAAUUUAUCAAAUUCUCAUUUUUAUCAGCAAUUGGAAGACUUAAAGAUUAACAACAGCUGUGCUGUUAAACAAUUCUAUGAAAGACUAAUGAUUACGUUAGAUCAAUUAAAUCUUAAAAAUAAAUUAGAUACAAACUUAAACUCAACUUUAGAAUGUUUAGUUGUAGAACUAUUACCUAAAAAUUAUGAUGAAAACCAUGCAUAUCAAUUUAUUGUAAUAGAUAAAGAAAAGGCAACAGUAUCAUUUCAUGACAUCACUGUACAUGAUAAGAACCAAAACUUGUGCCCCAAUUUCACAUAUUGCUUCUCACAUAAAGCUAAUAAAUUGAUAUUAAAAGCAUUUUCAGAAAAUUCUAAAUCUAUAUCAUGGCUAAAAGAAAGUGUUUUUCCUCAAGUUACCAAAUGGGCUGAAGAACCUGAGUUAGAUUUACAUAAAAACAUUUGUAAGGACUCUUUGAGAUUGAUUUCUAGUGAAAAAUUUUAUGACAAAUACAAUGAAUUAAAAAUUAAAUAUGGAAAAGAACUUGUAAAGAUAUGGCCUGAAUGUACAGACCCUUCCAAAUUUGUGUAUGAAGACAUAUCUAUAGCUACAUACUUACUCUUGCUGUGGGGUAAUACAUCAAAUACAACAUUUGUAGAUGUUGGUUGUGGCAAUGGAUUGUUAGUUUACAUCUUAACAAUGGAAGGUUGUAAAGGUCUUGGUGUAGAUGUCAGGAAGAGAGGUAUCUGGGAUAUGUAUCCUAGUAAUAUAAAAUUAGAGGUGUGUAUAAUAAACAAUAAUUAUGGUUUACCACUACAAUUUUCUUAUAGGAAACAGGAUUAA